AUGGAAUUAACAGGACUUUCUGUGCCAGUUAUAAACUGGGAAGCUUCAAAUCUUCCUGAACAAUGGAUUAAAUUCCAAAGGCAUGUGGAACUGAUGUUUACAGGGCCGCUCAAGAACAAAACUAAGAAAGAAAAAAUAUCAUAUUUGUUGAUAUGGGUCGGUGACAAGGGCAGGGACAUUCACGCUACAUGGGAACCCUUCACUGGCGAUGAUGCUGAAAAUCUUCAGGCUUAUUAUGAUAAGUUCAAAGCACAUGUGCAGCCGUCCUUGAACCCGAUAUUUGCGAGGUACAAGUUUAACAAUGAAGUGCAAGGCACUGACAGUAUUGAUGCCUUCAUCACAAGACUAAGACUAAGUGCAGCAGAUUGCAGCUUUAAAGACAAGGACGAAAUGAUCAGAGACAGAAUUGUUUUUGGGACAAAUUCUGGAAAAGUACGAGAGAAGUUGAUAAACAAAGGCGAUGGAUUAACACUCGAAAAUGCUAUUCAAAUCGCACAAGCACACGAAUAUGCACAGAAACAACUUCAAUCAAUGGCAGCAGCUAAUGAUGUACACCUGGUUAAGCAGCACAAAUCAAAACAUAAAGGAUACAAGAACCAACCAUUUCAGCAACCUAAACAACAACAACAACAACAACACAGAAAUUAUCAUAACAUUCAAAAACAAGAUGGAAGAAAACCACUGAAAUGUCAACGAUGUGGACAGAACACUCAUAGACCAGGGUCAAAAUGUCCAGCUGAACAUUCAAAGUGUUACGCAUGUGGAAAGCAAAAUCAUUUUGCAAGCGUUUGCAGAUCUAGAAAUAAAAACGUUGACAAUGUGAAGUAUUCUGAAUACAAUUAUAGUGACAACGUUCAAUCGGAAAAUCAGGAUUAUUACGUUGAUAUGGUAAAAUUUUCAUCUUCUACUCCUGAUCGUGCCUUUGUUUCAAUUAAUGUCGGUCCUUCCCAUAUUCCUGUUAAAUUUAAGAUAGAUACUGGGAGCGCGGUAGAUAUUCUACCAUUGAGCUAUUAUGAGAAAUUAAAGAUAAAACAACCUCUUGAAAUCGCGGAAAAUAGAUUAACAUUGUACACAGGCAACAUGUUACCUGUAUGCGGUAUAAUAAAUCUGCAAUUGCGCUACAACAACAAGACUAGCGAGUCAUUAUGUUAUGUUGUUGAUAGUCCGACAGUCCCGCUGCUAAGUUUACAAUCGUCUGUAAACUUAGGCCUGAUAAAGCUCACCUAUUCAAUAGACAGAUCAAAUACAGAAUUAGAUAAACAAAGGGUCAUGUCAGAGUAUGGGAACUUAUUCCAAGGUGUAGGGGUUAUCCCAGGUGAAUGUAAACUUCACAUUAAGAGUGAUGCUGUUCCUGUAAUAAACGCACCUAGGCGAGUGCCGGAAGCUUUAAGGGACAGGCUUCAUGAAGAACUCCAGCGCAUGGAGAAUGAUGGAAUAAUAACUAAGGUCACUGAACCCACGGACUGGGUAAACUCCCUAGUCAUUGUAGAAAAACCAAAGACAGGUAAACUCAGAGUUUGCCUUGAUCCAAAAGCUUUAAAUGAGGCUAUAAGGCGACCUCACUACCCAAUGCGUACUAUUGACGACGUUACAUCAAGACUGACUGAUGCAAAAUACUUCAGCAUUCUUGACAUUACACACGCAUACUGGAGCAUCAAACUUGAUGAACAGUCUUCAUUAUUAACAACCUUCAGCACGGUAUUCGGCAGAUACCGUUGGUUAAGACUCCCAUAUGGCAUAUCUGCAUCGAGUGACAUAUUCAUGCAGAAAGUAGAUGAAAUUUUUGAAGGAUUGCAGGGUCUAACAGCCAUAGUAGAUGACAUUUUGAUAUAUGGGAAGACACGUGAAGAACAUGACGCAAACUUGCGUAACGCCCUUGAAAGAGCACAUUCCAAGGGAGUAAAGUUCAAUCCGGACAAAUGUAUAAUCGGGGUAAAUGAAGUCCCAUUCUUUGGUCACCUUAUAACAUCAACAGGGUUAAAGCCAGAUCCUAGUAAAAUAGAGGCAAUUAUGAACCUCAAAAUACCAGAAAAUAGACAGCAACUUGAAAAUGUUCUUGGUAUGGCAAAUUAUCUGCAAAAAUUCUCUCCAAACCUAGCAGAGGUCACAAGCCCCAUGAGAUCCUUACUAAAGAAAGAUGUAGAAUUUGUUUGGGAUUUUUCCCAGACAGAAGCAUUUACGAAAAUGAAAAACAUAAUCACAAGUACCCCUGUUCUUGCAUACUUUGACCCAAAACAGAGUGUAACUCUUGAAUCUGACUCUUCGAUGCGUGGGGUCGGCUCAGCCAUCAUCCAAAAUGGCCGCCCAGUUGCCUUCGCUUCUAGGACAUUGACAGAGACUGAAUCUAAUUAUGCUAACAUAGAAAGAGAGAUGUUAGCAAUACUGUUUGGUUGCACGCGCUUCCAUCAGUAUGUAUACGGUAGACAUGUAAUUGUACACUGCGACAACAAACCUAUUAGCUCAAUCAUGUUGAAAAGUUUGUCUGCAUGUCCACCGAGACUUCAAAGAAUGCGGUUACAGUUAUCAAAAUAUGACCUUGACGUACGCCACGUUCCUGGAAAACAAGUACCAAUCAGUGACUUACUUUCUAGACAACCGUUUCCAGAGACAUUACAAUUAGAGGGUCUCGACUUACAUGUACAUACAGUGUUGAAAGGGUUACACAUAACCGAUAACAGACUGGAAUCAAUCAGGCAUGAAACUCAAAAUGACACGAGCAUGCAGAUUCUGAAGAGAACUAUUAUUGACGGAUGGCCAGUUUCACGUGCAGACUGUAAACAAGAAAUAAUUGAGUUCUGGAACCACAGGGACGAAUUGUCGUCUGUAAAUGACCUUAUAUUCAGAGGACAGAGAAUCGUCAUACCUGUAUCUGCAAGAAAACAGGUGAUUGAAUCAGUGCACCAAGGUCACAUGGGUGUAGAAAAAUGUUUACAAAGGGCUAAAGACGUAAUGUUUUGGCCUGGUAUGACAAAAGAAAUCACAAAUCAUGUUUUAAAAUGUGCUUUAUGUCAAAAGUACAGGUAUUCCAACGCAAAAGAACCAUUAACUCCCCACGACGUGCCGGACCGACCUUGGCAAAACAUUGCCGCUGAUCUCUUCUCCUUUGACAGUAAGGACUACUUGCUGACUGUAGACUACUAUAGUAGAUACUUUGAGGUAGAUGCUCUACCUAACACACAAAGCAUUACUAUAAUUAGAAAGCUAAAAGUUCACUUAGCAAGGUAUGGCAUUUGUGACAAACUUGUCACUGAUAAUGGGCCACAAUUCUCUUCUGAAGUAUUUUCAGAUUUUGCAAAAGAUUGGGGGUUUUCCCACAUAACAUCCAGCCCACUCCACCCAAACAGUAAUGGAUUGGCCGAAAAAACAGUGUCGAUUAUUAAACGGAUAUUCAGGAAAGCUCAGGAGAGUAAUCGAGAUCCUUAUCUCGCGAUACUUGAGUACAGAAACACCCCUCUUGAAUGUGGCUUCUCCCCAAAUCAAUUACUAAUGAGUAGAAGAACUAAAUCUAGUCUACCUACCACAAAUUCUCAGUUACAACCCAAAACAGUAAAUUGUAAACAGGUACGCGAAAAGAUGCAAAAAAUAAAGCAGAAACAAAAAAGUUGCUAUGAUAAAACAUCAAAGCAACUACCCCUUCUUACACUUAAUGAGUAUGUCCGCAUCAAGGUCAACAAAACAUGGGAACCAGCAAAAGUGAUAAAAAUUCACAAUGACCGAUCCUACUCUGUAAUAACUCAUGCAGGUGGCAUUUACCGCAGAAAUAGGCGAAUGCUUAAUAAAACUGAAGAAACUUUCCCAGAAAUUCAGGAAUUUUCCCCCAACAUUUUGGCUAAUAACCCUAUCACUCCCUCAAUUAAUGGAAAAAUUUCAGAAUCACAUGAUGCUGACCACUCAUUGACCUCCAAUAAGCCCAGCCCAAUUGACCACUAUUAUCACACACGAUCAGGCAGGGAAGUGAAAUUGAACAAACGAUAUUAUAAUGAGAACAUGGUGAACAAUUGA